GUCACAAACGAGAGAGGGGUAUACUUCGGAAUGGGAAGCUUAGGGAGGUACAUCAAUGGGAAGCGGAAGUACCCAGGAAGCAGUUCUGCUUUCACUUCCUUGCAGUCACAGCUUGAGGAAGCCAACCGCAAGAUAGAAGAACAAGCGACUCUCCAAGCACAUCGGGAGGCAGAGGCAUUGCGGGUGAAAGCUGAGCAAGCAGAGAUCAAGCGUGUUGCUAAUGAGCAACAAGCAGAGAUCAAACACUUGAGCAUGGUGAAGAAGUACUUGACCGAAACUGACCCCAAGUUUCUCGCCUUCCUCGAGUCUGCUUCAGAAGAUCAAACAGAAGAGUUCCAGACUGCUAAUGCUUCACAAGAUCAAGCCUAGGAGUGAACAUCUCAUCUCCCCUUCCUUUAGUUGCUUUUCUUGUCUAAACUUAAAAACUUGAUAUUAUGUAGCUUGAAUAUUAUGUUGUGAACAUGUUUGAAUUAUGUUGUGUGUUUGAAUCAAGGUUCUUUGUUUGUUAAAUAUAGUUUUUUAAAUUUAGGAUUCCAUAAAUUAGAAUGUAAAAUUGAUAAUUAAACCUGUAAUCAGUCGUCAAUUAGUUGCAUUUCAGUCACCAAUACUUAAACUAAACAGACGCCAUAUGGUGGCAAAACAGUCGCUAUAUCAGUCACCAAAUAGUCGCCAAAGAGUCACUAUGUAGUGGCAAUAAUGUCUCCAAACAGUCGCUAAUUUGGCGACUGUUAGGCGACUAAAUAACGGCACAUAAUUUAGUAGUUAUUCAGUCGCUAAAUGGCGACUGUUUGGCGACUCAUAAAUUUAGCGACGCAAGGUUUACCGACUACGUGUUUUAGUCGCCAAACUGUCGUCUUAAUAGGUUUAGCGACUACUACGCUACUUAAUGUGUGGUCGCUAAUUACAUGUUUUC